GUCUACCUGUCGCCGUCAUGUUCAAGGCUCAGCUCCCCCCCACCCGGGUCAUUGCCCGCCGUCUCUACAGCUCGCGUGCAACGCAAGCUUUGUACAGCUGUACACGGAGCUCGGUCAGGCACCCUACUACUUCGCACUCGACAUCCUGCAGGACAGUUGGUCGUAACUUGAUAUUCUCAAGAGGGUAUGCUGAACCUGCAUCGGGGAAGUUCUCCCGGGCGAAGCCUCACUUGAACAUCGGUACCAUUGGUCACGUCGACCACGGUAAGACUACCUUGACGGCGGCCAUUACGAGGGUCCUUGCCGAGACGGGUGGAGCCCAGUUCACCGACUACUCCCAAAUUGACAAGGCGCCUGAGGAGAAGGCCCGUGGUAUCACCAUCAACUCGGCACACGUCGAGUACGAGAGUGCCAACCGCCACUAUGGCCACAUCGACUGUCCCGGUCACGCUGAUUACAUCAAGAACAUGAUCACUGGUGCGGCCCAGAUGGACGGCGCUAUCAUUGUCGUCUCUGCCACGGACGGUCAGAUGCCCCAGACGCGCGAGCACUUGCUCCUUGCUCGCCAGGUCGGCAUCAAGAAGCUCGUCGUCUUCAUCAACAAGGUCGACAUGAUUGCGGACAAGGAGAUGCUCGACCUCGUGGACAUGGAGAUGCGUGACCUCCUCGCGACGUACAACUUCGACGGCGAGAACACUCCCAUCAUCUUGGGCUCUGCUCUUGCUGCUCUGGAGGGACGCGACCCGGAAAUUGGUGCUACCAAGAUCCAGGAGCUCAUCCAGGCUUGCGACGAGUGGCUUGAGAUCCCUCCUCGUGACCUUGACAAGCCCUUCCUCCUCCCCAUUGAGGAUGUGUUCUCCAUCUCUGGCCGCGGAACUGUCGCCACCGGUCGUGUGGAGCGUGGUAUCUGCAACAAGGGUGAGGAAAUCGAGAUCCUCGGUCUUGGGACGAAGAUCAAGUCUGUUCUCACCGGUAUCGAGGCUUUCCACAAGGAGCUCGACCGCGGUGAGGCCGGCGACAACAUGGGUGCCCUGCUCCGCGGUAUCAAGCGCGAGCAGCUCAAGCGUGGCCAGGUCAUCAUUGCUCCGGGCUCCAUGAAGGCUGUCAAGAAGUUUCAAGCUCAGAUCUACGUUCUGACAAAGGACGAGGGAGGCCGUUACACUCCUUUCAUGGCCAACUACACCCCUCAACUCUUCAUCCGUACCGCUGACAUCAGCACGCGGUUGUCGUGGCCCGAGGGCACCGCGGACGCGGAGGAGAAGAUGGUCAUGCCCGGCGACAACGUCGAGAUGGUCUGCACUCUCCACAACGACGUUGCUGGUGAGGUCGGUUCCCGUUUCACGCUCCGUGAGGGUGGUAAGACCAUCGGCACGGGUAUCAUCACCAAGGUGCUCGAGACCGCAUGAGCGGGAGAGGAUUACUCGCAUCCACAUCGUUACAUAGCCACGCCCCUUAAUGUCCUGUGCUUGUAUAUCCUACUCCCCACUCACCUGCAAAAGGAGCCCUCGAGCCCGCACACUCGACCCUCGUCAUUCUCGCUGUAUGUUAUCCCCGCAUGUCUGCGUUUUG